AUGUUCCGUAACCAAUACGACAGUGAUGUGACUGUAUGGAGUCCUCAGGUAAAGGUUUUGUUGUUGUUUCUGUUAUACGUUUAGAUUUAGGUGGUAUCAAGGAGAAAAGAACGAUUUUCGAAGGACUUUCUUUGUUUUUUUGGUAGCUAAAAGUUAAAUGCAAGCUUUAAAAAUAUUUUCUUUUACUAAAAUAGUAUGAAGUGAAACUUUUAAUGCUUGAGAUAAUUUUAUGUUGCUUUAGGGACGUCUGCAUCAAGUCGAUUAUGCUGUGGAAGCCAUGAAACAAGGUUCUGCGACCGUGGGGAUCAAGAGUAACACACAUGCUGUUCUGGUAGCCUUGAAGCGAGCAGCCAAUGACUUGUGUUCUCAUCAGAAGAAGGUUUACGAGCUGGACAAACACGCUGGAGUUUCGAUUGCUGGUCUUUUGUCUGAUGGUCGUAUUUUAGCGUAAGUUAAUAUUAUUUAUGAUUUUUAUGUGUUUAGACGUUUUCUCCAGACUGAGUGCUCUUACUGGCGAUGGGACUACAAAGAACCAGUGCCAAUCCAGGUUUUGAACAACAGGAUCCAGCUCAAACUUCAAGCCAACACUCAGUAUUAUGGUAGACGGCCUUUCGGUGUUGGAGUUGUUCUUGCCGGUUAUGAUGUGAGUUGAAAGUUUUUCGUUGUUUUUAUGUUUUAGUAGGUGAUUUAGAGUAUGAAGAAGCGUAAAAGUAAGAUUUGAAUUAAUUUUAUCUAUGUUUUAGAGAAAUGGCACACAUAUUGUCAGAACAGACCCAUCUGGAGAAGUUGUUGAAUGUUUGGCCGCAUCUAUUGGAGCCAGAUCUCAAAGUGCUCGAACAUAUCUUGAAAAGAACCUCGACAAGUUCAAAGCAUGUAAGUUAAAUUGUAAUUUAAAAUUUUUAAGUGUUUUAGCAAGAGUUAUGUUAUGUUAUACAUCUCCAGACUCAAUCCUUAUUUGAAUAAGUUUACUGUGAAAAUUUAAAAGUUAUAUAGUUUUAACAAAACAUAAAAAUUUAAAUUUCAGCUACGCUAGACCAGUUGAUUGAACACGCCUUGUUGUCAUUGAGAGACACCUUACCUAACGAAGACACCUUGACCAUGAAGAACACGUCGAUUGCUAUUGUCGGCAAAAACCAGCCAUUCAAAGUGAUGGAUGACGAAGAAGUAGCCCCAUACCUAAGUAAAAUCAAAACUGUUGCACCUCAGCCUGAGGCUGCUCAAUAA